GUCUGGUGCCACCGCCAUCACUGGCACGAAGGUCGCAGAAGGAUGCUCAAACGGGCGGUCGUCUUAGGCGGCGUCAUGGCCGUUGGCGUCGCUGCCGUGCCGUUCGUGCGCCAUGCCAUGUCUCGUUUCAAGCCAGCCGUGACCAAUGCUCUGACUGCUGGGACGAGCGCCGAAGCUCCGCCGAGCCGUCGUGUCGCGGUCGUCUUGAGUGGGUCUGGCGUCUACGACGGCAGCGAGAUCCAAGAAGCUGUCAGUGCCUUGAUUCACUUGAGCAAGGCCAAUGCUGACGUGCGCGUGUUUGCACCGAAUAUGGACCAGUACCAUGUGAUCAACCAUCUCACGGGCGACGUGAUGACCGAGGAAUCGCGCAACGUACUCGUCGAGGCAGCUCGCAUUGCACGUGGCAAGGUGGAGAAGCUGGACCUCUUGGACGUGAACCAGUUCGACGCCGUUGUAGUCCCCGGUGGUUUUGGGGUAGCCAAGAACUUGAGCUCGUUCGCGUUUGACGGCGAAAACAUGCAAGUGCAACCACAGGUCGCCACCACCUUGACGGCGUUCCAUGCCGCCAAGAAACCCAUCGGAUUGAUUUGCAUUGCACCCGUCCUUGGCGGCAAGCUCUUUCCAGGCGCCGAACUGACGAUGGGGCGCCGAAGUGGCGCCAAGUGGUCGUCGGGACCAGACGCGGCCAGCGCUGUCGAGUCGUGGGGGGGCAAGAUCGUCGAAAAAGACUUCGACCAGGUGCACGUGGACACAACCAACAAGAUCGUAUCUGCGCCAGCGUACAUGUACGACCACGCCACGCCGUCAACUGCCUUCGACAACGUCGGCCAAGUCAUUGACGCCGUCGUUCGAAUGAAGUAGGCACAUACAAGUAAUCCAUAGCACGUGCGUGAAAUUACAGGGCAGAUUGGUCCGUCAAGCAAAGAAAGCGAGCGCAGCAUGCAACACCUCGCUUGUGUUUGCUGCGAUCGACGCAGGAUGCCUAAGGUAGAAAAAACUCGAUCCUCAUGAGCCACUCAAAAGCGCAAAGACAGUGGUAUUGUACA